AUGACAGUUUAUGAUUGCGAUCCAAUGAUAAAAGGAGGAAAAUUAAAGAUGAAAGAAGAAGAGUUCAUUGAGUUACUGGUUUUGUCAUCGAAAGCAAAAGAACUCAGUUCAAAAAUGAAAUCAUUAACAUCAGAAGAUUUAAAGAAAAUCACUCCUGAAUAUCUCAAAAAUAAUGAAAAUUUAUUGGAAAAAGUCAAAAAAGCAAAUUCAAGUUCUAAAAAUAUUGAUCCAGUAAAUGCAGCAAAAAAGUUCUUGAAAAUGAUUAGACAAUUACCAGGUUUCGGAUAUGAUGAUUACAAGUCAAAAUACUUCCAAAACAUUGAUGAUAAAUCGAUUGUUCGCAAAGCAAUUGUAUCUGUUGGUCCUCUUUAUGUAAUGAUAUAUAACAGAGAAGACAUGGAGAAACCAUUACACAAAAUUUAUUAUGGAUCAAUUAUUGAAUACCAAUCAAUGAGGAUGAGAAUGAGAAUCAAAUUUGUUAAAGAUGAUAAAGGAACUGUUGGCGUUUUUGAAUUUGUUUUCAGUAAGAAACACAGAUGUUCUAAUUUAACAGCUGCUUUACAUCAUAACAUUUUCAUGACUUAUGAAUUGUUGCUUGCGAGAAGGAAGAAAGAAGCCGAAAAAUUAUCUGAAGAAGUCAGAAGAUUAAGAGGUGGAUUUGUUGAUGAAAAUGGCGUAAUUAACAAUUCAAUGAUUGAUCUAUAUGUUACAACAGAUUUGACUGUUCUUGAUAAUCUUCCAAUUGAUUGGUUUGAUUUGUUUUGGUCUGGAGGUUUCAUCACUGACAGAUUAAUUACAAGAUUUAAUUUGAAUCCUUCAAUUCCUUAUUUCCUUUUGUUGAAAGGACCAAACAGAGGCUUUAUAAUGUUCGAAAACUAUACUAAAUUGAUACAAAUUUGUCCAUUUAGAGGAUCUAUUCUGGCUAUUUUACCAAGAUUUAUGAGUAUCAUUAUUCAUUAUUACAAUGGUGAUGAAAAAACCACUAGAAAUGUUUUUGUGGAUAUGACAAAAACUAUUCAUCAAUUAAUCCCAACAAUUGGUGAUGUUUUCGGAUUAUCUUAUGUUGUUGGCUUCUCUUUAUGGGCAACAAUAAAGAGUGAGUUAACUCCUUUGGAUAUAACAAGAACAAUUAAUGAACAAACACCUGGAAUUGCAGAAUUUGUUUUUGCAAGAAGAUUUUCUCCUGAAAAUUCCAUUACUGUUGAUGAAAUUGACAGAAGACAAUUGUAUCAACAGAGCAGAGACAUCUUUAGAAGAGGUGCUGGAUGGGAUCCAACCGAUCAAGAGAUUGGAACACUGGGAUAUUACCAAGGUUUCACAGAUUUCAAUGGAGACUCAACACAAAUUCAACAAAAUGCAAGAAAUUUAGUCCCAUUAAAAGACAUAUUAAAACAAAAGAGUAUCAUCAAAGAUCCAACAAUAAAUGAUACAAAAAUAUCUCUAAACAAAUAUAUUGAUACUGUUAGGAACAUUCCAGGUUUCGGUGGUGGUUUGUUCAGAGUAAAAGUCUUGAACAAACAACUCGGAAAUGUCACAUUUUGGUUUGGUCCAGACAAUCUAAAAAUCAUGGAUUCAACAAUGAACAAAGAAUUAUUGAUAGUUCCUUAUAGCGAAAUCGUCAAAUCAACAGCAAUUCCAAGCGAAUUUUCAUUCUAUUUUGUGAAUGAACAAAGAAAAAUUGAUUGUUUGCAUGGAUCUUGUGAUUUUGCUCAAAGAGCAAACAACUUAAUCCAAGCAAAUAAAUUAGUUCAUAAAGAUGUUUAUGACAACAAAAGAAUGCAUGCAAUCCAAGAUGGAACAAUGUUUAAUUCUACAAAAUACAUUAUGCAGAUUCCUGUUACUAACUUGUGUUCAUCAAUGCCAUAUCAAACAAAAACAAUCGAUUUGUCUUUGAUACAAACAGUUGAUGAAUUAAGAACAGUUUUGCAAAAAGAAUUUGAUAUUCCAAAAUCAUUGGAAAUUGUUUUUCUCGUGAAAAAUCUUUAUAACGCUGAAUUCAUUGGUAUGUUUGAAUUGAUUGGAUAUCCUUAUUUCCAGAAAGAAUCAAUUCUUUAUGUAUCUCCUUUAUACAGGAAAAUUUACGUUGUUAAUGAAGAAAACAAACAAGAAGUUUUCCAUUUCUCAGUUUUCAGCGAAAUCAAAGAUAUAAUUCCUUACAUUUCAUGGAGAUUUUACCAAAAAUUCUGGAAUGGAUUCAUAUUGUUUGAUACUGAUAACACACAGUUAUCAUUCUUGGAUGUUACUAAAACAUUGUUAGAACAACGUCCUCAAACAAACAAAUAUCUUUUCAAGAGAAGAUAUUUAAUUAUGACCAAAAAUGAUGCAAAAAGUGACGAAAUCACUGAUGAAUUGUAUUCAUUUACGAAACAAUCCAUUAUACAAAGCAACUACAAACUUGCUGAAAAGACAGCUCUUGAGUUUGGAACAUAUUCUAUCAUUGAAACUCUCAAUGAAAACGAAAAACCAUCAGAAUGGAAUGGAAAUCUUCAAGAACAUUUACCAUUGAAUUAUUCCAGGUAUCAAGACACUGCAACAAAAGUAAAAGCAUUGUUAAACAUUGCACCAUCAAUGACUAAACUUGCUGCUAGAAAGAAGUAUUGCAGUAAUGCAAGACAGCUUUCUCAAUUUGGAGCAAAACAAUUUGAUUGCAAAUUUCAAAAUGAAAGUUCAUACGUUUUAGUCGGUCCUUUCGGUCUUGAAAUCAUCAACAAACAACAGAACAAUGUAGAAAACAACAAUUUGUCUCAGAAAUUUUCGUAUUCGAAUAUAAUUUUCCAAUGCGAUCUUGGACAAAAACUUAUGUUUGAUGUUGCAAAUGACAAUGGAAUUCAAACCCAUUACGAAUUGAUAUCAAAUGAAGCAAACUACAUUAGUUAUUUGAUGAAACAAUAUAUGUCUUCUAUGUAUUGGAACUAUUAUAUCAGAUCAAAUGUCCAAGAUAUGGAAGAAGAUGAUUUCAUCAAAGUGAAUGCAAAUCCUGAAGGUCCUUCAUCAAUUGAACUUUAUCUUUCUCAAUGGAUUUCGGAUCCCAAACCAGAGAAAUUCAAGUUUUCUCUCAAUUAG